UAUCCUCUUGAGCACUCACUCACUCACUCACUCACUCACUCACUCAAUACUGUGUUUCUUUCUACUAACUCAAAAUUAAACAAUCUUUUGUCACCUAUGUAGUAAUCCAUCAUCACCUUCCACAUAUCAUCAUGACCACUACAUCAACUCCCCCCACACUUCUCAAUCCACAAUUUCUUUACAAGCAUAAUAGUCACAACAAUAUUUAUUUAAGUGGAAAUUUAAAGUCUAAGAUAUCUAUUCAUACAUCAUCACAAUUUCACUUCUCUCACAUUGUACCUAUACAUGCAACCUUAAAGGGUCCAAAAGGAUUUGGAUCUUCUCCAAAGAAAAAUAACAAGACAAAGAACCUCAAGAAGAACAAGUCAUUUAAGAGCCUCAAAAAGAACAAAAAACAAGAAAAUGAUGAUGAAGAAGAAGAGGAAGAUGAAGUUGAACAAGAAGAUAGAAGAGAGCAAGGAAUCAUUCCUGAAAUAGUGACAAACAGAAUGAUAGGUAGAAUGGCAUUUUCUGUAGGGAUACCCUUAGGUAUUGGGCUUUUGUUUUUCCCAUUUUUUUACUAUCUUAAAGUUGUUUUGAAAAUUGAUGUACCAACUUGGGUUCCUUUCAUUGUGUCUUUCUUCUUUUUUGGGUCUGCUUUGUUAGGAGUGAGUUAUGGGAUUGUUUCUGCUAGUUGGGAUCCAUUAAGGGAAGGGUCAUUUUUGGGCUGGACUGAGGCCCAAAAGAAUUGGCCUGUUUUUUGGCAGUCACUUAGAAGUGAUUCUGGGAAGGAUUAAGCCAUUUAUGUCUUACCAUAUACUUUGAUUGUAUUAGUUAAUCCAUUUGUAGAAGGAAAUAAAAUUCUUUACAUGUUUCUCUCCA